AUGCAGCGCCUCAUCAAGGUUGACGGAAAGGUUCGUACCGAGAUGCGUUACCCAGCGGGUUUCAUGGAUGUGAUCUCGAUCGAGAAAACGAACGAGACAUUCCGUCUCCUCUACGAUGUCAAGGGACGCUUCGCCGUGCACCGUAUCACCGCAGCUGAGGGACAAUUCAAGCUCUGCAAAGUCACCAACAAGUACACAGGACCCAAGAAUGUCCCACUCAUCACUGUUCACGAUGGACGCACUCUCCGUUACCCCGAUCCACAUGUCAAGGUUAAUGACACUGUUGUGUUGGAUGUUAACAGCGGAAAGAUCACUGAUUUCGUCCGAUUCGAAACUGGUAACCUCGUUAUGAUUACUGGAGGUCGUAACGUUGGACGUGUUGGAGUGAUUGCCCAUCACGACCAUCACCCAGGAAGCUUCGACAUCAUUCACGUCAAAGAUGCUGUUGGACACACGUUUGCAACACGAAUCUCGAAUGUCUUCAUCAUUGGAAAAGGAACAAAGGCUCUUGUGUCGUCUGGCCGUCUUGCAAAUGUGGGCACUCGUGGAAUGUCCUCUGUCAACUUGGACCCACACUCUCAGGUGGCCGAUGACAUGAAACCGAUGGAGGAGCAGAUCAAUCCUUCGUUCUUUAAAAUGGUCGACUAUUUCUUUGACAAAGGAGCCCAUGUUUUGGAACCCAAGCUUAUCGAGGAAUUCAAGGGUGGACAGAACCAAAAAGAAAAGGGAAAUCUUGUUCGGGGAAUUCUGAAGUCAAUCAAGCCAGUGAACAAGGUCUUAUAUAUCACCUUCCCCAUUCGUCGCGAAAAUGGAGAAUUCGAAAUCAUCGAAGCGUGGCGCUCUCAACACUCUGAGCACAGGACUCCAACUAAAGGAGGUAUUCGGUAUUCUCUUGAUGUGUGCGAAGAUGAAGUCAAAGCCUUGUCCGCACUGAUGACAUACAAAUGUGCCGUGGUUGAUGUACCUUUUGGAGGAGCGAAAGGAGGAGUGAAGAUUGACCCCAAGCAGUACUCCGAGUAUGAAAUUGAAAAGAUCACUCGACGUAUCGCUAUCGAGUUUGCCAAGAAAGGAUUUUUGGGGCCUGGAAUUGACGUACCAGCACCUGAUAUGGGUACUGGAGAGCGUGAAAUGGCCUGGAUUGCUGAUACCUACGCACAAACUAUUGGACACCUUGAGAAAGACGCCUCUGCCUGUAUUACUGGAAAACCGAUUGUCUCUGGAGGAAUUCACGGACGUGUUUCUGCUACUGGUCGCGGGGUAUGGAAAGGACUUGAGGUGUUCGCAAAUGACCCUGAGUAUAUGUCUCAAAUUGGCCUGACUACCGGGCUUGCUGGAAAAUCUUUCAUUGUGCAAGGUUUUGGUAAUGUCGGACUUCACACUAUGCGUUAUCUUCAUCGUGCUGGAGGUAUCUGCCACGGAAUUCAGGAAUAUGAUUGUGCUAUCUACAACCCUAACGGAAUUCAUCCAAAAGAGCUGGAGAACUGGAAAGAUGAGCAUGGAACCAUUCGCGGAUUUCCCGGAGCUAAGAGCUACGAGCCUUUCACCGACUUGAUUUUCGAGAAAUGCGACAUUCUCAUCCCAGCUGCUUGUGAAAAAGCCAUUCACAAAUCCAAUGCACAUCGUGUUCAAGCUAAGAUUAUCGCUGAAGCUGCCAAUGGGCCAACAACCCCCGCUGCUGACAAGCUCCUGUUGGCUCGUGGUGAUUGUUUGAUCAUUCCUGAUAUGUAUGUAAACUCUGGUGGUGUGACGGUCUCGUUCUUUGAAUGGCUGAAGAAUCUUAACCACGUCUCGUUUGGUCGCCUUACCUUCAAGUAUGAGCGUGAAACCAACAGACAUCUUCUCCAAUCUGUGCAAAAAUCACUGGAGCAUGCACUUGGCAAACCUGCCCCUGUAGAACCAAAUGAUGCGUUCUUUGCUCGCAUGGCUGGAGCCUCGGAGAAAGAUAUCGUUCACUCCGGUUUGGAAUACACGAUGCAACGCUCAGGAGAGGCAAUCAUUCGCACUGCUCGCAAAUACAACCUUGGUCUUGACAUCCGCACGGCUGCAUAUUGCAACUCGAUCGAGAAAGUCUAUCACACUUAUCGAACCAGCGGUUUCACAUUUACG